AUCCAAUUGAAAAUUUUAACAGAAUCGUUAAAAUGUUUAAAAAGAAAAAAACAAAGAAACCUCCUUGUGAUAUUCCACGAGACUUGGAAGCACUUGAUAAUUCAACAUUGGAUCCAUUAGACGGCGAACUUUAUAAAUUUGAGGUAAAAGAUAGGGCUUAUAAUGAGCGUUUGUAUGAUAUUAUCAUAGAACUAUUGUGUAAUUGGAUCGAAGAAAAGCUUCAAAAUGAACUUGGAUUUAUAAAAAAGAUACUACCUAUUGGUGCAACAGAAAAUGAUAUACAUACUAGGAUUUAUCUGACUCCAGAUUAUGAAACAAAUGACAAGAUGAUUAUUUUCAUUCCUGGAACAGCUCAUUCAGUCGGUGUCUGGUCGCGAAGAGCUCUUAUAGAUAUUUCUGUUGUAGAUGGAUCAAUGUUUAAUUAUGCAAAACGUGCUUUAGAAUUGGGCUUUUCUGUCGUAAUGUUGAAUCCUAAUGAAGUAUUUUGGUAUAAGGGAAAAGGAGUGCUUAUUCUGCCAAAGACUACUGUACCGUUUGACACAAUUCCAGGAAGUGAAUCUCCCGAAGCUCACACGAACUAUGUAUUUGAGAAUAUCGUAAUACCAUCCGCAGCACAGAAUAUUUUCAUCGUUGCAAAUAGCUACGGAGGUCAUUGUGCUAUUGAUGUUAUGCAAAACCACUUUGAUGAGUUACAUGAAAGGGUAAAAGCUAUCGAAUUUACUGUUUCAGCUCAUUCUAUUGAUUUUGUAAAAGCAGAUCGUAUGAAAGUUUGGAUAAACAAGCACUGUCGAAAUUGGCUUAUGUCAGACCUACCAAUAGGAGAAGAAAUAUUUGAUACAAGAUUCGGAUGUCACUCUUUUUCAUCGGGAUCUGAACUUAUCGAAUAUAUAACUUAUGCAGUGAUUGAUCUGAUUUUUAAAUUUAUUGAAAAUAAACUGAAUAACACUGAAAAUUGGCAAGAUGAUGCAUAUGAGACAGAUGAAGAUCUUCCUGAUGAUAUAGAUAUCCUAAAUAUCAAAAAAACCGACUAA